AUGAAGGUGGCAUCCUCUGAUUGGCCAAGCGCGUCAGCUCUUUCACGCCUCCUGAUUGGCUGGGCACAGCAACUACCCCUCCCGCGACCCCGCCGACCCCCGCCGUUGGCAGGCCCCCAACUCGCCCUGCCCAUGUACACGUACGAGCAGCACAAGGAAACAGCCGACUGGCUGCUGGAUCACACCAAGCACCGCCCCAGCUUGGCCAUUAUCUGUGGCUCUGGCCUUGGGGGCCUGGCUGACCAGAUGAAGGAUCCGGUGGUUUUUAACUACACAGAUAUUCCCAACUUCCCCCAGAGCACAGUGGCAGGCCAUGCGGGGAAGCUGGUGUUCGGGACGCUGGCGGGGGUAAGCUGCGUGGUGAUGAAGGGCCGGUUCCACAUGUAUGAGGGGUACCCGCUGUGGAAGGUGACGUUCCCAGUGCGGAUCUUCCGCCUGCUGGGUGCAGGGACCCUGAUUGUCACCAACGCUGCCGGCGGCCUCAACCGGGGGUAUCAGGUGGGCGACAUCAUGGUGAUCCGGGACCACAUCAACAUGCCUGGCCUGGCUGGCAUCAACCCGCUGAGCGGCCCCUGUGACGAGAGGUUCGGGCCCCGCUUCCCCGCCAUGUCAGACGCCUAUGACGAGCAGCUGCGGGGCCUGGCGCUGGCAGUGGGCAAGGAGCUGGGCUACGGCCCGAGCCUGCACGAGGGCGUCUACUGCACCUUGGGGGGGCCCAACUACGAGACCAUCGCUGAGUGCCGCUUCCUGCAGCAGCUGGGCGCCGACGCCGUCGGGAUGAGCACGGUGCCCGAGGUGCUUGUGGCCCGGCACUGCGGCCUGCGCGUCUUCGGCUUCUCUCUGAUCACCAACAAGUCGGUGCUGGAGUACGGGACCCGGGAGAAGGCCAACCACACCGAGGUGCUGGAGGCCGGGCGCCAGGCCGCUCUCAAGCUGGAGCGCCUGGUCUCCGUGCUGCUGGAGCGCAUGAAGGGCAAAGGUCUGGUGUAG